AUGUCUCUCGCUCCUCCCUCAUACUCUCCUCUUCAGGAGCGUCCUCUCAAGGACACCAUCUGCCUCUUUGAUGUCGACGGCACCCUCACCCCCGCGCGUUUGGAUGCUUCCCCCGAGAUUCUUUCCGUCCUCCAGAAGCUUCGCUCAAAGUGCGCUGUCGGUUUCGUCGGCGGUUCCGACUUCGCUAAGCAGCAGGAGCAGCUGGGCAAGCCCGCUGGCCAGCCCGUCACCGCUCUCUUCGACUUUUGCUUCUCCGAGAACGGCCUUACUGCCUUCAAGCUCGGCGAGCCCCUCGACUCAAACACCUUCAUCAAGUUCAUUGGCGAGGAGCAGUACAAGGAGCUUGCCAACUUUGUCCUCCACUACAUCGCUGAUCUCGACAUUCCCGUCAAGCGUGGAACCUUCAUCGAGUUCCGUAACGGCAUGAUCAACAUCAGUCCCGUCGGCCGUAACGCCAGCACACAAGAACGAAACGACUUUGAGAAGUACGACAAGGAUGCCAAGGUCCGCGAGAAGUUCGUCGCUGUCCUCAAGGAGCGAUUCGGUCAUCUCGGUCUCACCUUCUCCAUUGGUGGUCAAAUUUCCUUCGAUGUAUUCCCCACUGGCUGGGACAAGACCUACUGCCUCAGGCACCUCGAGAACGAGGCCAAGAAGCCCGAUGGCAUCACCUACAAGAACAUUCACUUCUUUGGUGACAAGACUUUCGAGGGUGGCAACGACUACGAGAUCUACGCCGAUUCCAGAACUAUCGGCCAUUCUGUUACCAGUCCCGAAGAUACCAUGCGCAUCCUCAAGGAGCUCUUCGAUGUCUAA